CUUCCCUUCCCUUCGCUUCAACUCGUCUUCCAUUCUUCCUUUCUUUCUCCCAUUAUAUUCUCUCUUUCUUUCUCUUUAUCAUCAAAUCAAAAUAGAUAGAUUUGAUAUUGGUUUGCUUAACUUGAUAAAGAGGUAUUAGGUAUAUAUAUAUAUAUAUAUAUAUAGAUAUAUAAUACAAAUUAAUGGGGGGAAGCAAAGGAGAGAAAGCACGUCCAUCAUCACCGGCGUCAGUAGUUUGCUGCAUGUGUGGUGACCAAGGGAUGCCACAAGAGUUAUUUAGAUGCAAGACUUGCCUUAUCAGGUCUCAACACAAUGAUCUAUACCCAAAAACUGAGACAUAUAAGACAUGCAAUUGGUGUAUAAGAGAAGAAGCAUCAAAGUCUAAUAAUAUGAACACAAACAGUGAUCAAAACUCUCCAGUAUUGAGCAGCAACAGCAGCAAUGGUGGUGGUGGUAGUGGUAAUAAUGGAGGAGGAGGAGGAGGCUUAGCACCAGCACCAGCAACAGCAACAGCAACAGCAGCAGCAACAGUAGUGAAGCUUCAGCGUGGGGCUUUUCCUUCACAUCUGAAUAAGCCUGUUAAGAAGCAGAGGUUGCCGGAGAAGUCGCCGGAUGACUUGUCUCCGACCACCGGAAAACCAAGCAGGCAUGUUAAUUUAAGAGCUAAGGUUAGAAGGUAUAAGCUCUUGGAAGAAGUCUCUAGUUAGUUAACUUUCACUGUUUCCCUUUUCUUUACAUUCAUGUACUACUUCAUGCACUAUAUAUGUACGUUAAAAAUAAUAAAAAUAAAAAACAAAAGAUAUAUAUAUAUAUAUAUA